AUGAUACCCUCCAGGACGGCGCGGCUCAGGGCCUGCGUCUUCGUGAGAGCCUACCCACCCGCCAUCAUCGCUCGGGCUUUCUCACAAUCAUCCGUCAACUGCGGUGCCCACCCGAGAUCAACUCUGUCCAGACUAUGGGUUCCCACGGGAGGCGUCUCUGCCACCGAAGGCGAAUCGGGUCACGGAAAACUCGUCCGUGCCGGGUUCCUGCGCCAGUCUCAAUCGGGCAUCUUUCAGUUACUGCCACUUGGCCUACGCGUACAGCAGAAGAUUGAGGGCUUGCUGGACAAGCACAUGCAGUCUAUAGGUGCUUCGCGCCUUUCUCUUUCAACAAUCUCCUCAGAAGAACUAUGGAGGAAAAGUGGUCGCCUGGAGAAAGCCUCGUCUGAGCUAUUCCGCCUCCAGGACCGGAAAGAAACGCCAAUCAUACUUUCCCCAACUCAUGAGGAAGAAAUCACCACUCUAGUUGCUAGCACGCUCAAAUCCUACAAGGACCUGCCGCUGCGGCUGUACCAGACGACCCGCAAGUAUCGCGACGAGAUGCGCCCUCGCCACGGGCUGCUGCGCUCUCGCGAAUUCGUCAUGAAGGACCUGUACACUUUCGACACGUCUGUUGAAUCGGCCAUUGAGACGUACCGAGAAGUGUCCGGCGCGUACCGUGCCUUCUUUGCCGACUUGAAGCUUCCAGUCUUCAUUGCGGAAGCAAGUUCAGGAGACAUGGGCGGCGACUACAGCCACGAGUACCACUUGGCCAAUUCCAUAGGAGAGGACACUGUCGCCACGUGCAACAGCUGUGGCUACGUUGCCAACGACGAGGUUGCGAAGGCGCUACCGCCCUCGACAGAUAAACUAGGCGCACCAGUCGCCGUCGCAGACUUUCGGGUGUGGCGUGGCAUCACUAAAGACCGCCGAACGAUAGUCAAUGCUUGGUAUCCAGCGCUGGGAAGCGGGUCCGCCGAGGCCGACAUCAAUAUCCAUGCAGUCAAAGAGGCCGUUCCGGAGCUGGAUGCGAGCAUUAGUGACGCUGUGCGGUUACUCGGUGAUGGGACUGAGGCUGACAGCGGGCCGGCCGCCACGCAGCUUCGUGUGCUGAACGUCGUCGAUGCGAGACUCGCGCACAGCUUUUCAAACCUACAACCAGAACUGCCAUGCGUUCCAACCGAGCUGAGCAACCGGUCGCUCGAUCACUCGUCUAUCCUACGAUCACCGUCAGGAGAGACUCUCAACCUCCUACGCCUCGCAGACGGGGACGGGUGCUCCAACUGCAAGACCGGAACGCUCCAGGUCCACCGUGCUCUGGAACUCGGCCACACCUUUUAUCUGGGCACACGGUACUCAGAGCCUCUAGAGCUGCAUGUGGCGCUCCCCAAUACUAAGGGAGGGCCCGCCCCUGUUCAGAUGGGCUGCUACGGCAUUGGCGUCUCUCGCAUAUUCGGCGCUGUGGCGGAGCACAAGGCCGACGAGCGAGGCCUCAACUGGCCGCGCGCCAUCGCGCCCUUCGAGGUCGUCGUCAUCCCGACGUCCGGCAUGACGGACGAGACGCUGGCCUUUUACGACUUGCUGGCGCCUGGCUUCGACGUGAUCCUCGACGACCGCAAGGAGACGUUUGGCUGGAAGAUGCAGGACGCCGAUCUGAUAGGGUACCCUGUCACGGUUGUCCUGGGCAAGCCUUGGAGGGAACGGGGCGUCUGCGAGGUGCAGUGCCGGAGCCUGGGCGUCAAGGAGAACGUGGCUGCUGAAGACGUGCCGGGAUAUCUCGCGGAAUUGCUGGAUAAGCUGUAA